AUGAACCUGGAGGGCGGCGGCCGCGGGGAGUUCGGCAUGAGUUCCGUGAGCUGUGGCAACGGGAAACUCCGCCAGUGGCUAAUCGACCAGAUCGACAGCGGCAAGUACCCGGGCCUCGUGUGGGAGAACGAGGACAAGAGCAUCUUCCGCAUCCCCUGGAAGCACGCGGGCAAGCAGGACUACAACCGCGAAGAAGAUGCGGCGCUCUUCAAGGCUUGGGCACUGUUUAAAGGAAAGUUCAGAGAAGGCAUUGAUAAACCAGACCCUCCCACCUGGAAGACACGCUUGCGAUGUGCUUUGAACAAGAGUAAUGAUUUUGAGGAAUUGGUUGAGAGGAGCCAGCUGGAUAUCUCAGAUCCAUACAAAGUGUACAGGAUUGUUCCUGAGGGAGCCAAAAAAGGAGCAAAGCAGCUCACCCUGGAGGACCCCCAGAUGGCCAUGAGCCACCCGUAUACCAUGGCGACUCCUUACCCUUCACUGCCUUCUCAGGUCCAUAACUACAUGAUGCCGCCCCAUGACCGAAGCUGGAGAGACUAUGUUCCCGAGCAGCCACACCCAGAAAUCCCCUACCAGUGCCCUGUCACUUUUGGGCCCCGAAGCCAUCACUGGCAGGGCCCCACUUGUGAAAAUGGUUGCCAGGUAACAGGAACCUUUUAUGCUUGUGCCCCACCUGAGUCCCAGGCCCCUGGAAUCCCGAUAGAGCCAAGCAUAAGGUCUGCUGAAGCCUUGGCGCUCUCAGAUUGCCGACUUCACAUCUGCUUGUACUACCGGGAGAUGUUGGUGAAGGAGUUGACCACUACAAGCCCUGAAGGCUGCAGAAUCUCGCAUGGGCAUCCUUUUGACGUCAGCAACAUGGACCAGGUUCUCUUCCCCUACCCGGAGGACAGUGGCCAAAGAAAAAAUAUUGAGAAAUUGCUGAGUCACCUGGAGAGGGGUGUGGUCCUCUGGAUGGCCCCUGAUGGGCUCUAUGCCAAGAGACUGUGCCAGAGCAGGAUCUACUGGGAUGGGCCCCUGGCCCUGUGCAGUGACCGACCCAACAAGCUGGAGAGAGACCAGACCUGCAAGCUUUUCGAUACACAGCAGUUCUUGUCAGAACUUCAGGCAUUUGCGCAUCACGGCCGCUCCCUACCACGGUUCCAGGUGACCCUGUGCUUCGGAGAGGAGUUCCCAGACCCACAGAGGCAGAGGAAGCUCAUCACUGCCCACGUUGAGCCUCUAUUCGCCAGACAGCUGUUCUAUUUCGCUCAACAAAACAGUGGACAUUUCCUGAGAGGCUAUGACUUACCUGAACACAUCAGCAGCCCAGAAGACUAUCACAGGUCCAUACGCCACUCUUCCAUUCAAGAAUGA